ACAGAAUCGUUCAACCGGAGCACCGGAUACCUUCAGCUUUUUGUCUAUAAAUACAGCUCCUUUCCAGCUCUCUUCCCGACUCUCUUCUCAUCAACAAUCGUUUCUUAUGUCGUCGGCUGCCUCCUCCAAGAGCCAGAUUUUAACUGAAGCUAUGCCUACCGCCCAGAAAUACACCACUGACGCCGAGGACUCUCCUUCCUAUGAUUCUGAGUCUUCCGUAUUGCCGCCUUCUAAGAAGGAGUUGGACAGAAUCUACAGAUCGCUUGACUACAGAAUCAUUCCGGCCUUGUGGGUGUUGUACUUCCUCACCUCCUUCGGGAGCUCAGCCUAUGGUAACACCUUAACCAUGAACACCGCCUCCGGACACUCCUUGAUGCAGUCUUUGAACUUGGGGAGCCACGACACCGCCACCGCCUCUGCGUUGUACUAUGUUGGCUACAUCAUUUUUGACGUGCCGAUGAACUUGGCCAUGACGAGAUUGCAGCCCCAGAUCUGGUUAUCGAGAAUUGUCAUGACGGUUGGGCUUGUAUAUACCUGCUAUGCUGCCCUUUCCAACGCCAAGGGUCUUAUCGCUAUCAGAUUCAUCUCCGGUAUGUGCGGUGCCGGUACUUGGCCGGGCUUGAGCUACUACAUCUCUUUAUGGUACCCUAACGACAGAACGGCUAAGAGAAUCGGCUACUACUUCACGGCCGCUCAGAUUAGUGCUUCUGUUGCCGGUUUGCUCGGGGCCGGUUUCCAAAGAAUCGAUAUGGUCCAUGGAUUGGAAGGCUGGAAGUGGCUCUACUUGGUGUAUGGAUCCAUUACUAUUGCGGUCGGGAUCUCGUUAGUGUGGUGGUUGCCGGACAGACCGGCGGGUAUGCUUUCCUUUAACGACGAUACGGAAGCUGGUGUGAUGCAUAAGAUGUUUAGGUUGGUUCCAAAGUCCAAGCAGCCCUUGAGCGGCAACGAUCAAUUAAUGCAUCUCAAGGACAUGGAAGGCCGUUACACCAAGAUUACCUGGGAUUUCAAGGAUGUCUGCAACAUUUUGCUCGAUCCUCGUACCUGGCCCUUGGUGAUCUGCUACUUCGGUGUUGUGGGUGCCGGUUUUGGGUUGGCGGUGUUUGGUACCACCAUUAUUAAGACCAACAACCCUAGCUUGUCCUCCAUUAAUGUCUCCUUGUUGUACGCUCCAAUCUGGUUGUUUGACUUGGCGGCCAUUUUACUUGUCACUCCCUUUGCUGACAAGUUUAAGCGGUACCGUUACUUGUUCUUUUCCGGUGCUUCUGUCAUUAUUAUCGUGGGAAUGUUGAUCACCACCUUUGCCCACGGGCCAUGGAAUAAGUACGCUGGGUUGUUAGUUGCUGGGUUUGGUUUAGGUCCUACCGUGCCCACCGUGAUGGCCUGGGCCGCUGAAAUUUUUGCUCCAAAGUAUGGUGAUGUUGGCUGUGCGGUUAGUGCCGCUCUCGUUUCCGGUUUGGGGAACUUGGGGUCUGUUACUGCGACGUAUGCUUUGUACUCUGGGUGGCCAGCCGAUAAGCUCAGAUUGUACAAGUACUCUAACAUGAUGCUUGUUACCAUGGUUGGUACGGGUAUCCUCAGUGCGUUUUUCCUCCAGGGCAUGAGACACUUUUUAGGUGACUUUAAAGUUGAAAUUAGAGAAGAGAGAGAAGAGAGAGAUGCUAGAGAAGAGAGUGUUGAAGAAGCUAUAUGAAGAGUUUAUAUGAAAAAAAAAAACCCCCAUAUGAAGUGGAGCUGUGAUGGAUGCCCACCCUACCGACUCUAAUUUCUAAC